CUGAGCAGCGCUGGUUCAAGUGUCAGUGGCUCAGUGCAGAGCAGUCUCCAUCAAGCCAGGCCUGGAGUAGGCAGUGUUCUGUAGCCUCCUGCUCUUCCCUAACAUUCCCAGCACUCAGGUGGAUGAAGAUGGGUGAGCACAGAGGCAGCGGGCUGGUGCGUGGCCUGAAAAUGGUCAUCACCUUCGCCUUCAGUCACCUUGGUCUAUGUGCCUUCGUGGCCGCCUACACCGUCGCCGGCGCCUUCCUCUUCCGCGAGCUGGAGCAGAAGAACAUCCUGCCUCACUACGACUCCAGCACGCACCGCGCCGCUCUCCUCCGCGACCUCCACAACAUAACAGAGCGGGUGGUUGGGGAGGUGGCAAGCGGCGGGGCGUGGCAGGAGGUGUUCAACUCUUCGGGGUGGCACGAGGAGAUGCGGGAACGUCUGCAGAGGUUUGAAGAUGCGCUGGUGACGGCCGUAGGGAACCAGCUGUAUGACCAAGGCCCGGACGAGCAGCGGGAGAGAUGGAAUGUUAUCGGCUCCCUCUUCUACUGUGUCACCGUCAUCACCACGAUCGGUUAUGGGCACAUUUCCCCGCGGACAAGAUUGGGCAAGAUGGUUACAAUAUUCUAUGCUAUCAUUGGUAUCCCACUUAUGCUGCUCUGUCUCACCAACAUAGGAGAUGCCAUGGCCUCCUCAUUCAGGUUCAUGUACCGGAGGGUGUGUUGUGUCUGUUGCAACAGAAAUCAGGAGGCAGAAGAGGAGUCGCCCCUCACCAAUCCAACCAACAGCAGUGGGUCUGGUGAGGCCGUCGAGCCAGCACCCUACACUCCACCACCAAAGUACAAGCCAAGCCGCAGAAACAUGCUCAUCUCGCCCCCAAUAUCUGCCACCAUCCACCGGGGGUCAGACAAUCCCCUCAAGCCCCCCAUGCUGGAGCCUCCCUCCAACCCCUCCUCCAAGGCCUCCACCCCCAAGCCCCCUCGGCCUCUCCAUGCCCAGCUUACCCUCAACGACAUUGAGGCAAAUCGCAUUGUGGCAGAAUGUGCUGCUUAUACCAAGACGCCCGUGCCUGGCAUGAUCAUCCCUCCCUCCCCUGAACAUUCCCAAAAUGAAUGCCACGACUAUGAGAUGCUGCCACCCACAAUGCAUGUCUCUCUGCCUGCCACCAGCCGCCACACUCCUGAUCCGUCCACCCCAUCCACUCCACUCAGCAAAGACGCACCACCUGCUGAGUGGACGGGACCCAAGGAGAAUGGCGGCCCUCACAUUGUGAUUGAGGAGCACUUUGAACGGUUGCCUUCCAACUCAUCCACUCGGCCAGGCUCCCCAGCCCUCACCACCUCCACCCACCAUGCCUCCAGCAUGUCCCUGGCAGUCAGCAGCAGUGUGAGUCGUCCCUGGCCGCCCUCCACGCCAGGAGGAUUGAUGCCCUAUGCCAAUGAAGCUGAGGAAGCACCGCAACACAUCCCAGGGAGGCAGCCACCACGCUCUCCCGGCAAGACCCUGGUGGUGUACAAUACACUCUCAGGUGACGCCCUCCUGGAGCAGAGCAAGGUGGCACGCAGGAUGGCCCUCAUGAAUAAAGGAGGAUUUGGUCAAGCUCGUCAAGAUGCAACAACAGUUUUUACAGAUCCGGUCUCUGGCCAGGCUGUGAAUGGGGACAUGCUUGGCCUCAGCUACCGCCCCAUCCCUCCAGACACCUCAGACGCUGACAACAGAGUGCCCAUCCCCAUUGUGCUGGCCUUUGUGGCCUCAUACCUUGGUGUGGGGGCACUGCUCUUCACAUGGCUGGAGGGCUGGUCCCUGAUGGAUGCUGGCUACUUCUGUUUUAUCACCCUCUCCACUAUAGGCUUUGGUGACUUUGUACCUGGCAAAUCUCUGGGUUAUGAGACCCAGGAAGCUCAAAUCAAGCUGGUGACAGGAUCUCUAUAUCUCAUGUUUGGCCUGGCUGUCCUAGCCAUGUCCUUCAAUCUGGUGCAGGAAGAGGUGGUCAUCAAGUGUAAGGCCUUUGCUCUCUGGAUUGGCCUCAUGAAAGAGUGAACCAACACUCCACACAACCCUGAACUGUUAUUAGUAAUGAUAGAAAACCCAGUGUGAUUCCAUUAUUUGACAGUAUCUAAUAAGAACUCAGUCUGAUUCCAUAAAACUGAGUUCUAUGUAAUGUGGUGUUGAGAUAACUGUGGUAAAAUGUUCCAACCCCUACAAGUCCAUUCCCUGUACCUGUAAGCAGGAGGUUAACAAUCAUCUCCAUGACGUCCAUUAAGACUCAUCCAUUAUUGUUGUUUCACGUCUGAGUGCACUGAUGGAAACCACGAUAUUAAGAAUUAAAUAUGAAGAAAUUCAAGACAACAAUAUACAGGUGAUUGCCAGUGCCAUGAGUUUCUCAUAUUGAAAAGACAGGAGGGCUAUUUUUUUGUUUAGCUCCCCUCUUCAUAAGGUUUCCACAAAACACCCUUCUCAUUACCAUCAACUGUUCAGAUCCGAAGACCUCUGGCUGUGAUAACUUUCAAUGCUGCUCUGCUUUGGCUGCCAGUGAACUGUUCUCCAAAUGCUCCAACACUAAAAUAUAUUCCAGUUUGUGUAAAUUGUGACAUUCAUGUUAAUACAAACCAUGUGAUCUAAUUUACUGAUAACAAUGCAUACUGGCUCUCAUUAUUAGUUCACUACUAGCCAAUAGCCAAUACAGCUUAAGUAAACUUCAGUACUAAAAUACAAUGAACUCUGACCACAUAUGCUCUAGUAAUAUCAAAUUUAUCUAAAUACCCGUUUGCAAGCUCUUUAAUACCUAUAGGAAUGUUUUUAUACACAUCCUUCCCCUAAACUACUGAUGCUUAUGUAUGGAAUGAAAUUGAGGCUGGAAAACUGUGAUUCUUCUUAUGUAUCAUGUAGAGAAUAGGGCUUGUCUGUAACUGACAUGUGAAAUGGGAAUCUGAAUGGUGUGUGACUGUGUGAUCUACCCUUGAAUUUUUCUUCUUUCUGGUGCAUUCCACUUUUCCCAGCAUUCAUUAUUUACUGCAAGUUAUGAUUAUUCUGGUACCUUUCAACCUGAGCCCUAAAAUUAUAAUCCAAUAUAUCUCCCAUACUACUUGCCAAGUGAACAAAUAUCAUUUGCUUUUGUACUUUCAAGUUACACAAAUGCACCAGUCUUAAUAAUAUUAUACAAAAAUCUGUAAAAAGUAUAUCACAAGAUUUUUUAGCAUUAGUUACAAUUCAAUAUACUUACCAUCCAACACACUACUGCCAUCAUCACCAAAGAGCCAGACUCUUGAGUAAGUCUGCUGUGCACUCCACUGCCGUGUUUCAAGGUCACAUCCUUUGUACCUCACACACCCAGCUUGCUUUACCAGUGUUCCUGGUCUACUGUAAUGUGUUAAGAUACACUUCAUAGUUCUAAGUUCCUUUCUUUGUAGACUGUUAUGAAUAUACAUUUACAUUUUUUCCACAUCAUUGUUAAACGUUUAUAUUUCUGUACAUAUUCCAUGAUGUGUGAGUGCAUGUUUUCCCUUCCAUUCUCAUCAUCCUACACUGAACCUCAUCCUUGUGAAUGUCAUGUGGAUCCACAUCAUUGGUCACAUUUGUAAUAAAAUUAUUUCCCAC